GAAAGUCAAGUCCCAAGCAUUAUUCUGUGGAGAUCAUUCUUCAAAAAUUGAGAAUUUUUUUGGGAAAGAAUGGAGAUCAUCCAGAGAGGAAAAAUAAAACCAUCUUCUGGAACUCCUCACCAUCUGAGAGAUUUCAAGCUUUCUCUUUUUGAUCAGCUUGCUCCAGCUAUGUACACCCCAUUGAUUCUCUUCUAUCCCACCGCCAAUAUUAUCGUUGAUCAAGAGCCAUUAAUAUUCCAGCAUCUGAGAAAAUCUUUAUCAGAAACCCUCACUCACUUCUACCCAUUAGCAGGAAGACUCAGAAGCAAUCUCUAUAUCGAAUGCAACGACGAGGGAGCUGAAUUCAUCGAAGCCCGAAUCAACUGUUCCAUGUCAGAGACUCUUGAAAACCCGGAUUCGAAGCUGCUAAGACAUCUCCUCCCAAUUGAUAUUGAAUGCAAAGAAGCAGAUAUGGACUUUCUGCUGCUUGUUCAAGCCACCUUGUUUCGGUGUGGUGGCAUGGCAAUCGGAUUGAGCAUUUCUCAUAAGAUCACAGAUGCAUCCACUUUAACCACAUUCGUUAACGCCUGGGCCGGAAUGACGAUCGGGUCGGACCGGGUGGUGCUUCCUGGAUUUGGAGCUGCAUCUCUUUUCCCACCACUUGACACGUUAAGCUCAAAGCUCCUUCCUCUUCCAGUUGUUGAAUUUGUGGAAGAAAAAUGUAAAACAAGGAGGUACGUGUUUGAUGCUAGAAAAAUUGCUGCUCUACAGUCUAAAGCGGCCAGUCCAGCUGUGAAAAACCCUACAAGGGUUGAAGCAGUUUCUGCACUGAUUUGGAAAUGUGCAAUGGAAGCAUCAAGAUCAAACUCAAUUGGCUCUCCAAAGCAAUCUUUCUGGUGCCAAAAUGCAAACAUUCGCAAAAGGGUCAUACCACCGUUGCCCGAAAACCUUGUUGGUAAUCUUGUCGGUUACUUCGCUGCAAAUACACAAGAGGACGAAGCUCUUGAUCUCCAAAACUUGGUUUUCAAGAUGAGGAAAGGGAUAGAAGAAGUUAAAGAGAAGUAUGAGAAAGGAAUUGAUUGGGAGAAGACAAAAGAAGAACUAAAAGAGUAUGGAAAUUUGAUUAAAGAUGAGGGAAUAGAGAAUUAUAAUUGCACUAGUUGGUGUAGAUUUCCAUUUUACAAAGCCGAUUUUGGAUGGGGAAAACCUGCAUGGGUGAGUAUUUCUGGUGUGACGUUCAAGAAUGUGAUUCUUCUGAUGGAUACCAAAGAUGGAGAUGGAAUAGAAGCUUGGUUGGUGUUUAGAGAAGAAGACAUGGUCUUAGUUGAAUCCAACAUGGAGCUUCUUGCUUAUGCCUCUUUAAAUCCAAGUGUCACUUAGUUUCUUAGGAUUAGAGAAAUUAAAUUCUUAAUUUCCUGCAACUACGAAAAUUUUGCUUCUGUAAAUGUGUUUGGGUUUGUAUAUCUUUCUAUGUAAUUGUUGUGAGUUAGUACCAGAAAUUCUAGCUUUGUUAUAAAAAUAAAUAGAAGUUCAUACAUGAAUAUAUAUCAAUAAUAUUCAUCUUUUAUAACAUAAUAUUUGUACCUAAAUUUACAUAAUGUUUGUUCCUAAAUUUAUUUAUUAAAUACACAUUUCAUUAAAUUAAAAUUGGAGUCUACUUUGGACAAACUAAAUCCAAAGCCAAUUAGGAACGUCACUCCAAUUGUAUUUGCGAUAAUCUAAUUUAUAAAUUCUAAACAUUAAUUUGGCACUUAUGUGUAACGUUUUCUUGGAUAAAGAUUUUUUUCUUUUAAGCAAAAAAAAAGUUGUAAGUGUAAAGAUUGGUAUAUCCUGUAAUCCCGAAGACUGGAUUCAAGUAAGACCGAGCCCUUAAUUCAGUCAAUGGUGAUAAUAACUUCAAUAUCAUUUAUAUAAAAUUCGAAAAUUUUAAUAGGGAAAUUCUAGUUGCUACCAUUUUAACUUUAUACAGUCCCCAUCUAUAUGAAACUGGGUCCUCAGCUUGGGCUAACUGCAAUAAUGGCCAGGCUUUGAUUCUCAAAAGGUGGAUUUCGAGCCUCCCAUAAGAAUCUUUGCCCACGCUUCUCCAAAUACAGAGCUAUUUCUCCCAGUUACUCGAUGGAAAACAGACCCAAACUUCCAAAACAAAGAAAAACAACGCCUCUUUGGGUUGUGGCUCUACCCAUUUCAAACACUCCCACUGUGAAUUAUUCCCAUCAAUGGUUGAGGAAGAAUCACCAUCUCCGACUUUUAAAGGUCUGGAAAACUUUUUUCCUGAGUGGUCCGGUGACAUUUUGGGUUCGAUCCAAUGGCUGUAAUAGUAGGAUUAAUGUUGGGGUUUUUUGGUAAUUUGAUUUCGAUAUGGGAUUCCAUAAGGUUGAUUUGGAAUUGGAAAAAGGAUUUCUCAUUUCCAUAUCAUUAAUUUAGAGCUACUCACCUAUGUUUUUGAUAGUAACUUCAAAAUAUAUUACUAUAAAACUUGAAAGUAUAAAAUAUAAAAUUAUAUUGGAUAUAGAUAAUAUCGUUGGCACACUUUGAUAUUAUCUAUAGAUUUGGAUCCACUCCGUUCAGUAGGUUGACAUUUUGUGAUAGUAAAACUGAUUACAUGGAAAAACUACAAUAAAAAAAAAUUCAUGUUGAUGGUGGGCGGUGAUUAAGGGGCAUUUAUAAAUGCAACUUGCUAUAGGAAUGGGGUUUAUACGAUUACUAGAAUAAUCCAACCGGGAAUAAAACAAAGUGCAUGUUAAUUGCCAAGAAACUCAAAUUAAUGGAGAAAAAUCAUAAAAUCAAUUUCUUGAGUUUUGUUUACUUUUGUAGAAAGCAAGAUGUAAAUAUACAUAUUAUAUAUGCAUGCAAAAUAUUAAUUUAUUUAUGUUUGUUGUCUUUUGCAUAAUUGGAUAAAGGAUAGUAAAUGACAUAGUCCAAUGCAUAUAUUUUAUUUAUUUCUCAUGCAAGUGCGUAAUUUUACAAAAUUUAUACAAAAAUUAAAAAAUUAAAAUAAAUACCUUGUUGAAAUGGGAGGCAUCUGAAGUUCCGUUAGGGAGUAUGUUCUCACACUUUUAGCAUCGACAAAAUAAGUAGUUUUGUCUUUAGGAUCCUAAAUUUUUCUCCAUCUGUAUUAUCAAAAAUUAUGUGACACUUCUAAAUUUUUUUAUAGUUUUAAAUAUGAUAUGUAAUUAACUGAAAUUUGACAAUUUUUAACACUUACAGUAUUAUUAUAUGUCUCAUUAUGGGUUGGAAAAUAAUUUAUAGGAGAUUAAAUCUAUCUAUAUACAUAUAAGUAUAUAAUCCUACAAUGAGAGCACCAACACCUCAUAGCAUGGUAGGUGUCUAACCGCCUCAUUACCUACAAACGCUAAUAGACACCUAUUAAGUCAGUACUCAUAGACAAUCAAACGUCCACUAUAUAUAAUAUGGGUAAUAACAUCCAUCAUAGAAAAUUUAUAUGUGGAUUUAUACAAUAAUUUAUUUAUUGAAUGACAAACUCAUCCCCAGCGUUGGAGGAAUAUAAAAGAAGCAUCAUCCAUUAGAAUAAAAUUUCGUAUUUAUAUGUGUACUUGCAAAAUUUUCUGUUAAUUGUUUAUCAUCAUUACACAGGACAGAAGCAAGACUAGAAAGCGUGUGCCAAAGGAACAUACUUAAGGGAGUUGACGACAGUAGAGUGAUUGACUAAUUAAAAAUCUUCUAGACUAGCUAUACCACAGCACACAAUAUAAAAUAAUCAAUUUCUUUUCACUCUGCAACUGGGAAAUAAGUUACAAUGCACCUGGAUGCAUCACAAAGUUUACAGCAAAAAUAUGUUAUAUACAUAUACACAUACACACACGAAAUUAGUAAUAAAAUUUAUGAGUUUCAUCAUCCACCGGGGAGAUUUAGACAAAAGCAAUAUAAAAGAGAAAUGGGUUUGAAAAAUUCGUAAACGUAUUAUUAUCCACUUGGAUAGAUAGAUAGCGAACUAUGCAAUCAAAUAAUAUUGAUGAGAUGGACAAGACCAGAGUUAGAUAUGGAGAUAUAGAAGGAGAUGGGUCAAUGAUCAUGUUAUCUCUCUUGAAAAGCUACAAAUAAGGUUGUUUUGUGAAAGAAGAAGAUAUCAAACCUAGAAGAAAAUGGCGACGGACAUGAACAUUGUUGAAGUCAUCUCCAACUCUUCAUCACUUUAAAACUCACGAACUCUGUUUUAUCGAUCAUUCUGUUCCACUAAUGUAUUUCCCACUGCUUCUGUUCUAUUCCCAUGAUAAUUCCAUUCAUGAUAGUAGAAGCGGUAUCACAGAAAAAAUCCGGCAUCUGAGAAAAGCUUUGUCACAAACCUUGCUUAGUUUUAUGUAUUACAGAAGAAUCACGUCUAGCUUUACAUCGAUCUGAGUGUAAGGACGAUGGAGCCAAGUUGGAGGCAAGGAUCAACCGUCCAAUGAUAAAGAUCUGGAGAAACCAGAUAUCCAGUUGCUCAGACAGUUUCUUGCAGCCGAGCCUGAAAGUCAAGGAGCAAGAAUAAGUCCUCUGCUGCUAGUCCAAGCCACAUUCUUUGAAUGUGGUGGAAUGGCAAUUGGGUUAAGCGUUUUGCAUAACGCCAUGGAUGCAGCUUCAUUGACCACAUCCCUAAACAGCUAGUGUGUAAUGGCUCUUGGUUAUGGUUGUGGCCAGGUAGUGGAUCCUGAAUUUGCUCUCUUCAUAGCUUCUCCCACCAGCAGCUCGAAUUCCCCUGAGCCUCCCAUUGCAGUAUUUAUUCAGGAAAGGUUAAGAGCAAGGAGGUAUGUGUUCGAAACUUCAAACCAACAAAGAUUGCAGCUCUGCAGUGCAAAGCCGCCAGUGAAAGUGUGAAAAACCCAACUCGAGUUGAAGCAGUUUGUGCACUCCUUUGGAAAUCCGCAAUGGAGGCAUCCGAAUCUAACAAAGGAUCUCUGAAGCCUUCUGUGUUUUGUCAAGUCAUUAACCUACAUCCAAGGACUGCUCCGCCAUUGCCAGAGAACCUUGUUGGGAAUCUUAUUGGAAAAUUUCCAGCAAAGCUGGAAUAAGAAAAUGAUGAAAUUGAUCUGAAAAUCUUGGUUGCGAAGCUGGGAGAAGUGAUGGAACAAGUUGAAGGAAAGUACAGCUAAGGACUCCUUGUGGAAGAGAUACAAACAGCAUUCACAGCAAUAGUCCCUCGGACUCCGAAAGUACUUCUAUGCAUAUUUCCCCCUUUAGAGUAAAACCAAUGUCGUUCUCUAGCUCAUGCUAGAGGGUAAAUUCUGGACUUUCCAGACUGGAUAGUGGCACUUAGGAAAAUCCCAAAAAAUAGAGACUUACAUAACAAUAACAAACAGAAAAGCUCUCUAUAGACCAACAAUGAUAUAGAAAGCUACUGCUGCAGCAGUUGGUGUAGUCAUUCAUUUUACAAUGCAGAUUCUGGAUGGGGAAAGCCAGCAUGUGUGAGUAUUUCUGGAGUGGGAUUCAAGAAUUUUGUUUUCCUAUUGAGUACAAGAAACGGAGAUGGAAUAAAGGCAUGGCUCACUCUCGGAGAAGACAAGAAAUUAGUUGAAAGAAAUCAGUAACUGCUAGACUUCGCUGCUUUAAAUCCGAGUAUCAUUUAAUUAUGUGUAGGAAUUUCUUGUUGCAGAACAUAGUUAGACUGUUAAGAGGCUUUUUUGAUCCAAAGAGAACUGGAAAUGAAUGGAUCAAGUUUGUCUCAAUCUUUAGAGCUUAAUGUUUUUCUCUCACUUAUGGUGGUUGUAGAGUUGAAUUAGUAAAAGCUUUCUGAAUCAUUUCCCAAGUAUGUGUUCAAUAGUGUUAUAAUCCAACUUUCUCCUUUUUUGACCUU